GAGAUGGUUUGCUUGGUAUCUCGUACGGGAAGGGAGUUGCAGAGAUAUAACAGUAAUGGUGGCCGUCAAGUUGUGGGAUGCAUACCAUACAGAUAUAAAGAAGAUAUUGAUGGUAAUGUGAGCAAUGAAUUGGAGGUACUUGUGGUUAGUUCACAAAAAGGUCAAGCAUUUAUGUUCCCCAAGGGAGGAUGGGAAAUUGAUGAAUCUGUAGAGGAAGCAGCUUGCAGGGAAUCCCUUGAAGAAGCAGGAGUAAUAGGAAUCGUUGAGCGUGAAUUGGGCCAAUGGAGCUUCAUUAGCAAAAGACAUGGCACAUAUUAUGAAGGGCACAUGUUUCCUUUGCUUGUCAAGGAACAACUUGACUUGUGGCCAGAGAAAAAUUUAAGGAGAAGAAUAUGGAUGAAUGUUGAUGAAGCACGAGAAGUUUGUCAGCAUUGGUGGAUGAAGGAAGCAUUAGAUAUAUUAGUUAAACGACUCACUCGAGAGAAGAUCGGGAACGAACCGUUCAGUCUCAGUAACCGUAAGUCCCCAACCGGAGACAGCACAGGGUCGAGAUGCGGGUACGUGGACUCGCCCUGAGCUGACUCGCCUCUGAAUCGGUGGUACCCGAGGUUUUUAGAAUCGGGCGAGACGAACGGGUUGUAAUGGUGAAAACUCGGGUUUAUUAAAUCGGUAAUUGGUUGGAACGUUUGAGAUUCCAGAUCAAAA